AUGGCGGAGUCCAACCCGGCGGUGGCCGUGAAACGGAACGCCUCGGCGGGUCUGUCGGCCAUCAGCACGGAGACGAUCGAAGGCCUGACGGAGCUGGACGAGCUGGAGCGGGUGUACCAGCAGCUCUGCGAUGAGGAGAAAAAGGUGGAGUCGGAGCUGGAGGCGCUGAUCAGCCAGCAGGGAAACAUCGAGACCAAGAUGCUGGCGCUGCAGAGGAUGGGGCCCAACCUGCAGCUCAUCGAGGGCGACGCCACGCAGCUCUCCGGAAUGAUCACCUUCACCUGCAGCCUCGCCGAGAACGUCAGCAGCAAAGUGCGGCAGCUGGACCUGGCCAAGAACCGGCUGUACCAGGCAAUACAGCGUGCUGAUGACAUUCUGGACCUGAAGUUCUGCACCGACGGGGUCCAGACGGCGCUGCGCAACGAGGACUACGAGCAGGCGGCAGCGCACGUGCACCGCUAUCUGUCCCUGGAUCAGUCGGUCAUCGAGCUGAGCCGUCAGGGCGGAGAGAGCAGUGCCGUGGACGCCAGCCUGGCCCUCCUGCAGGAGGCGGAGCAGAGACUGAAGGUCCUGGUAAAGGAACGUUUGGACCAGGCCAUCGCCGAUGGUGACCUGGCCCAGGUGGAAAGGUUCUUCAAGAUCUUCCCCCUGUUGGGUCUCCACAACCAAGGGCUGGCCCGCUUCGCCCAGUACCUCUGUGCCCAUCUGGCCAAAAAGGCAGAAGAGAACCUCCUGCUGGCAGUGGGGGGCGAACUUGGGGAGCGCAGGGCGGCGCUGAUCUUCGCUGACACCCUGACACUGCUGCUGGAGGGCAUUGCGCGGAUUGUGGAGACACACCAGCCCAUCGUGGAGACGUAUUACGGUCCCGGGCGUCUCUACACCCUCAUCAAACACUUGCAGGUGGAGUGUGACCGGCAGGCUGAGAAGGUGGUGGACAAGUUCAUCCAGCAGAGAGACUAUCAGAACAAGUUUCAGAUUGUCCAGAACAGUAUGAUGAGAAGCAUGUCCACCGAGAAGAUAGAACCCAGGGAGCUGGACCCUGUGCUGCUGGAGGUGACUGUGAUGAACUCGCGGGCAGAGCUGUACCUGCGCUUCCUGCGCCGACGCAUCACCGCCGACUUCGAGGUCGGAGACGCCACCGCGUCCAAGAGCACCGUGCAGGAGCACCAGCAGAGCCUGGAGAAGCUGCUAAAGCACUGUCUGCUGAGCCGGAACAUGCAGGAGCUGAUCGGAUUCUACAUCCCUAUGGAAGAGUACUACAUGAGGGAGAGCGUCAACAAGGCUGUCACCAUGGACACCUAUGAGAAGGGUCAGCUGACCUCCAGCAUGGUGGACGACUGUUUCUACAUCGUGAAGAAGUGCAUCAGCCGGGCUCUGUCCAGCUCCAGCAUCGACUGCCUCUGUGCCAUGAUCAACCACGCCACCUCCGUGCUGGAGUCCGACUUCAGGGAGGUGCUGUGUAAUAAGCUGCGACAGGGCUUCCCCGCGACGACGCUGCAGGACAUCCAGCGGGGCGUGAGCAGCGCCGUCAGCCUGAUGCAGAGCAGCCUGCAGCAGGGCAAGUUCAACACGCUGGGCAUCGAGAGCGCCGAGGACGCCAAGGCCUCCUUCCUGGUGACUCUGAACAAUGUGGAGGUGUGCAGUGAGAAUAUCAUCACCCUGAAGAAGAACCUGGAGAGUGACUGCAGUAAGCUGUUCAGUCAGGGCUUUGGCUCAGGGGAGCAGGCACAGGCCAAGAUUGACAGCUGUCUGUCAGACCUGCUGAGCACAUCCAGCAAGUUCAAGGAUCUGCUGCAGGAGGGUCUUACAGAGUUGAACAACACUGCAAUCAAGCCUCAGGUCAAGCCCUGGAUCAGCAGCUUCCUGUCCAUUUCACACAACAUUGAGGAGGACGAAUUUAACGAGUACGAGGCGAACGACCCCUGGGUCCAGCAGUUCAUCGUUAACCUGGAGCAGCUAAUGGCCGAGUUUAAGGCCGGACUCUCCCCUGUCAUCUACGACACACUGACCAGUCUGAUGACCAGCCUCAUCUCUCUGGAGAUGGAAAAGACCGUCCUCAAGUGCACCUUCAGCCGGCUGGGGGGUCUACAGUUUGAUAAGGAGCUGCGUUCUCUGGUGACCUACCUGACCACAGUCACGACCUGGACCAUCAGGGACAAGUUCGCCAGGCUGACCCAGAUGGCCACCAUCCUCAACCUGGAGAGGGUGACAGAGAUUCUGGAUUACUGGGGUCCGAACUCUGGCCCUCUCACCUGGCGUCUGACCCCCGCGGAGGUGAGACAGGUGCUGGCACUCCGCAUCGACUUCCGCAGCGAGGACAUCAAGAGACUGCGGCUGUGAACUUUGACCCUGUCUGACCUCUGAACCCCGGCCAGGGCUCCACGACUGCCGGUGUUUUUCUGGCAGCUCUCACACUUCACACGUGAAGCUGGACGAGUCGGUGGAGGGAUCUGAGGACAGGAUGGUGACGGAAUUCCAGAGGGGACUUCCUCUGCAGUGGAAAUGACUGGUGUUCCUGUGUGCUGGAGUGGGAGAGGGAGAUGUGGGGAUGCCGCCCUCUGCGAAACUCUUCCAGUACUGCAGUGACCACCAUCACAGGACCCUUUCUGAUGCCAGUCAUGGGGGCAUGGGACUGAAAGAAUCAUGGGAAACUG